ACCGUGGCCCCUGGGUUGGUCACCAGAGGAGGGGGAAGCUGCAGCAGCAGCGGCAGCAGCACAGGAAUGGCUAACUGAGUCUAACCUCCCCAGCCCCCGUUUAGACCAAACGGCAGCCUCGCCGUGCAGCAUGCCCUUAUCUACCAAUGGAAUGCAACAGCUGUGCGGGGGAGCGUCAGGGUGGGUUGGCUGAAACCCCCCUGCCAGACCCCCUCACAGCGCUAAACCCCCCCAACACCACCAACACCACCUCCAAGCAGCAGCGACGUGCCGGGCUCCUGAAAGGCAGCUCAACUAAAAAGUGAGCUAGACACAGUGAGAGACUCGGCAGGGCUGCUGCACAUUCAAAAUAGAGUCAGAGGGAGGGAAGAGAGAGAGAGAGAGAGAGAGAGAGGGAGGAGAAGGAGAGAGAGAAGGAGAGUCAGGGACAGGCAGUGCUGAAAAGGAGAGCACAAAGAGAAGGAAAGUGGAGCAGGGGAGGGGAACAGGAGGCUGGGUGAAGGGAGAGGGAAAGACAAAAGAAGGAGAGGGGAGACAUAGCCGGGUGAACGGAGGGGACUGAGCAAAUGGCUACGGAGGAGACGGCGGGGGGAGCCAGGAAAGCCACCAAGAGCAAACUGUUUGAGUUCCUGGUCCAUGGAGUGCGUCCUGGCAUGCCGUCUGGAGCGAGGAUGCCCCACCAGGGAGCUCCCAUGGGCCCCCCCGGCCCACCGUACGGAGGGAGCCCGGCGGUGCGGCCCGGCCUGCCCUCCCCGGUGAUGGAGCCCAGCCGUAAGAGGCCUGCCCCCUCCCAGCAGGUCCAGCAACAGCAGCAGCAGCAACAGCAGCAGCAGCAGCAACAGGCCGUCCAGAACCGGGCCAGAAAGAAGCCAGUCGGAUUCCCCGGAGCCAAUGAGAUGCCGGCGAGGCAGAUGGACAUGAGAGAGCCCCAAUCAGAUCCCACGCUCGGAUCAAAUGCUAAGAGAAGGAAAAUGGCAGACAAGAUUCUUCCGCAAAGGAUCCGUGAGCUGGUCCCCGAGUCUCAGGCCUACAUGGAUCUGCUGGCGUUUGAGCGUAAACUGGAUCAGACCAUCAUGCGCAAACGUGUGGACAUCCAGGAAGCACUGAAGAGACCGAUGAAGCAAAAGCGUAAACUGAGACUUUACAUAUCCAACACCUUCAACCCUGCCAGACCUGACGCCGAUGACUCAGACGGCAGCAUUGCGUCGUGGGAACUGCGAGUAGAAGGGAAGCUGCUGGAUGACCCGGGCAAGCAGAAGAAGAAGUUCUCUUCGUUUUUCAAGAGCCUGGUGAUUGAGCUGGACAAAGACCUCUACGGUCCUGACAACCACCUGGUCGAGUCACGGCGUGGUGGUUUGCUCUUACAGUGGCACCGCACGCCCACCACCCAGGAGACGGACGGCUUCCAGGUGAAGAGGCCGGGAGACGUGAGCGUGCGCUGCACUCUGCUGCUGAUGCUGGACUAUCAGCCUCCCCAGUUUAAGCUGGACCCUCGCCUGGCUCGCCUGCUUGGCAUUCACACUCAGACCCGCUCCUGCAUCAUCCAGGCCCUCUGGCAGUACGUCAAGACCAACAAGCUGCAGGACUCCCAUGACAAGGAGUACAUCAACUGUGACAAGUACUUUCAACAGAUAUUCGACUGCCCUCGGCUGAAGUUCUCUGAGAUCCCUCAGCGUCUCACCAACCUCCUCUUACCCCCCGACCCCAUCGUCAUCAACCAUGUUAUCAGCGUCGACCCCAACGACCAGAAGAAGACGGCCUGCUACGACAUUGACGUGGAGGUGGAAGACCCCCUGAAGAGCCAGAUGAGCAGCUUCCUCCUCUCCACCGCCAACCAGCAGGAAAUCGCCUCGCUCGACAACAAGAUCCAUGAGACCAUCGAGUCCAUCAACCAGCUGAAGAUCCAGAGGGACUUCAUGCUCAGUUUCUCCAGAGAUCCCAAGGGCUACAUCCAGGACUGGCUCAAAUCCCAGAGCCGAGACCUUAAGCUAAUGACAGACGUGGUGGGGAACCCUGAAGAGGAGAGGAGGGCGGCGUUUUACCACGAGCCCUGGUCCCAGGAGGCCGUCAGCCGCUAUUUCUACUGCAAGAUCCAGCAGAGGAGACAGGAGCUGGAACAGGCCUUAGCCGUGCGCAACACCUAAACCAAGUCCUGUAUGUGUGUGUUUGGAUGUGUGUGAGGCCAUCGCUGUAGUCUGGUGAAACCUUAUACCUCUAAAACAAACAAACAAAAAAUGUUGGUAACUCACAAAAAAUAUUGAUAUUAGAGGAGGUUUUUCCUCACGACAGCAGCUACGUUCACGUGUGAAAGUCGGAUCUGAGCGCACAUGAUUCGCCCACUGCAUAUUUGUCCCCCCCCCCGACAAUCGUCAUUAACUGCAUGUAUUCACUCCCCCCUAAAGGGGUCAAGCCCCACAGACCACAGGCAUCCUCGGACUCGCUGCCUAAUAAACAAAAACCUCCUCUUCCGUCCGCCACUCUCCGCUUUGUAAAUACGUCAAGAGAAAAACUCUGAAGCGGCUGCUCACACACACACACACGCACACACACACACACACUGCUGUGUUUUUUUGGACUCUCAUCUCAAAGAGUUUGUUACUGUGAGCGACAGAAAUGAUGUAACCCGGUGUCACAGUCGAUCCUCUGAGCGCUCUGGAUGAGUCUUCACAUGUUUUCCAACUCUUUUUUUUUAAAUGUUCUUUUUUUGGGCGCGUCUGUGUGUGUGUGUGUGUGUGUGUGUGUGUGUGUUCUCAUUAGGACAGUAUUUGUUUUGUUUGUUUUUUCGAAAGAUUGAUUAAUUACACCAGCAAAGUCGAGAUUACGGUGUGACACGUUGGGUUGCAGGGAAUCGAUGCUAUCUAUGAACCCGAGGUGUGGAUUUCAUUCACUUCACUUCCAAUGUGUCUCAUUUUAGUCUAAUAACGUCUUUUUACGGUAAUUCCUACAGCAGUAUUAGCUACGUGAACUAAAGUAUUAUCACUUUAACAUCUCUGUGUCUGUUUAUAGCAAAAAAAAAAGUUUUAAUGAAGGAGAAACAAGUAUUGAUCAUCGUAAUAAGAGCUUCUUUUCUCCCCCCUAAUCAUAGCAAGAUGACAAAUAUGCCUCUACGUGUUGUCGACUGAUUUGUUUUGUCAGAGUCGCUCACUGCCUCUUCCUUGUGUCGUAUUUUUUUUUUUUGCCAGUUAAUGUCCUGAAGGUGUUACCAAAGGUUGCAACAAGAAGAAGACGAGAACACGAUCACUGAAAUAGAAGCGGGGCAAAAGACUCCUCGCCUGGGUUUAACAGGAAAUGUCUUCGUCUUUCGAGGGUUCAGUGUGUCGGAUUUAUUGGCGUCUAGAGGGGAGGUUGCGAGAUUGUAACCUCUCCCGCCGCCGUGAAAGAGGACCCGUUUCCUCUGUGGACACAAAAGGGAACAAAAA